UUCAAUCAUUCGAUGUAUGUUCAAUGUCAACAUUAGUACAUGUGGCCCCAAUCAAGCCUAUCGAUUAAAGACCCGUUACCCGGCAACCUUGUGGUUGAAAGUUAAAGUUCAAUGUCAAUAAUUUAUUGCCGUCGACGUCAAAGCAUGUACGUAAGGGUUAAACAACAAGUUAAUAGACGAUGAAUACGAUUAGAAUCCGAUUAAAUAAACAACAACCGACAAAAUGGCAAAACAACCCUCUUUACGAAAAUAUGGGAAGCAAUCUAAAAAGCCCAAAGCCGAUCGUUUAUUCGUCGACCUACCACAAACUCCGAUGCGAAAUCAGCCUCAGAAGACGAUAGAAAAACAAGGGGAUGAAAAUGAUGAUGACAAUAAUAAUAAUGUAUCGGAUAAAAAGGUGUUGGAUGAAUUGGUUGGUGGGAUAUCUGCUAUGGGAAUAAAAGACCAGAACAUUGCACCGCCAGAUUCACUCAGACGUUCUCCCAGACGAAAAGAGCAAAAUGCUCUCAUAAAACCGCCGGCACCACCACCCCUUACCCCCAUUACACCCAAAAUUCGAAAGGUUCCCGUUAUAAGUCCGGCCAAACCCAAGAUACAAGAACAACAUAAGAAUGAAGAGACCAAGAAGGAACUGCAAGUGCUGUCUUGGUCCGACAUAUGUCCGCCAGGCGAUAAGAUCGUCAAGAUAGCGGAGGCCUCUUAUGCGGAAGUCUACCGCGUGACGAACGAACGCGGAACCAGCAUUAUCAAAGUUAUCCGAAUGGAAUCCCCGAUAAAAGCCCAAACCAAAACUCAACAAAAAGCAGGCCUUGUGGACGAGGAGCCUCAUUCUGAAUCCGACCUGAUGGGCGAAUUGAAGAUUUCGGAAUGGCUUGCCGACAUCCCGGGUUUCGUCGUGUACAAGGAAAGAUAUAUAGUCCAGGGGAAAGCCUGCAAAGAGUUGCUGGAGACGCACCAGACAUUCCACAAGAAACUAAAACGGCAAGACCCCGACAGACUUCAGUUCUACCCGUCGCCGAGCAGAUAUCUCGAUGGCACGAAGUUCUUGGUAGUCGAACUGGGUGACGCAGGAACUGCGCUUGAGGAUUUCGGUCUAGAGACUGCGGACCAGUUAUGGGAUAUAUUCUUUCACGUAGCUAUUGCGCUCGCUCGUGCCGAAGCUCACAUAGAAUUCGAGCACCGGGACCUGCACGAGGGAAAUUUGUGUAUCCGUAGAGUAGCAGAGCCAGUUCCCGCAGAAGAUAGGGGUCGUUCUAGCCGCUUUGGAUUUUCCGGUCUCGAUGUGACAAUACUGGACUACGGACUCUCCCGAGCUCACGCCGACUAUCAGAACGAAGAUUCCCUACCGAUUGCUUAUGAUCUGGAACGAGACCUCAGCAUCUUUACCAGCGAGCAUGCGCCUCAGUGUGAGGUGUACAGGCGCAUGAGGUCUUUUAUGCUACGAGGCGACCGAGUCUGCCUUCCCCCCAAGAGCCACAAGAUACCCUACGAAUCGGGAAUCGAAGGCCCGAUAUGCUGGGCCCAGCAUGAGCCGUACACGAACGUGCUGUGGCUCGCAUACAUCUACCAGUGGAUGGUGAAGCACUUCAAGGGGCCCAAGAAGGAGGCCAACGCGUUCAGGCGCGCCACGAAGGAGUUUUGGACGUACCUGGACCCCGACGCCGCCGACGACGUGCCGGGGUUCGGGAGCGCCAGCGACAUCGUGAGGUUCGCGCUGGAGUCGGGGUGGAUAGAAGAGGAGCAGCUGAUGGGCGUCAGGGACGAGGUCGAGAAGUCGAUACUGUCGGUCUUGACGACGAACGAGAUCGACGAGGAGACUUUUGCGGAGGCGUUUCUGAGAAGGUCGCCUAGGAAGCCCCGACAACGGAACGCUACGUAGACUCGACGAGGAGGAUAGAGGCGGAGGCUAGUUUGUUGGUUUUUUUGGUUUUUUUUAAGGGGUUAGAUGCGCGUUUAAGGUACAGGACUGGACAUAUGGAUAGGCAUCGUUCUACGGAAUUUUAUGGUUAGGGAAAGGGAUACACGAUACAGGAUACCAUUUGACAUAGUUAGAUUGUUUGUUCGUCACGGCAGAAUACUUUUGAUAUGGCCGUCUCGAAGUUAAUGAAUGAGCGAUGACACAUGUUAACAAAACUCUAUCGUGAUGCUUACCUUAGGUACAGUAGGUAUCUUAUUAUCGCCCAAAGGGUUUAGAUACCAAGUAUGGCUAUUAAAAAGCCGAUUUGACUUGAGAUAAUUCAAGUAAAGGGGUUCUGUAUACGAACCAUCCAACCAUUGCCAGCCUAGACAGAUCCCACAUGUUCCCUAAGUUCUGAGUAACUAACGGAAGCAUCUCAAGUACGGGAACUUGUAGUUUUAUUUUCCUAGAACCAAUAUCAUCUACGUAGACACGCGAAUUAUAUACUAGAGUCUACCAAAGGUAGU